AACAACAAUGUUGAGAACCCUCCCUCCCAAGUCAAUUUAACAAAGUUAUACAAGUUAGAGCGCUAUACCGUCGAAUAUUUAAAGACCACAAUGAGCACUAUGGAUGAAAUUGAAGAAGAAUCAAAAGCAGCAGCUGAAAAGAUGGUUAUGAAUAUGAUGCAGAGACCAGGACAGCUCGAAAAAGUAGAGCAAUACAAGAAGAGAAUUACCCAUAAAAAGGCAUCAAUAGAAGCACAACUUAAGUCAGCUGUUCAAGGAAAACUGGAUGGGGUCAGUGUUGGAUUAAAACAAUUACAGGAAUGUCUGGAUGAUGUACAAGAAAUUGAUUUAAAGAUGGAUGAAUUAGAGGAGCUGUUAAGAAGUGUUCCACCACUUGUAGCCUCACUGCAGGCUGUCAGAGAAGAGGACUCUCGUCAUUCACAAUAUGUUACAGCGAUGGACAGUUUAAAACACAUAUUUACAGUGCCUGAAAGUGUUGCCAAGACUAAUCAAUGGAUUGGUGAAGGGAAACUGCUGCAUGCACAUCAGUGUCUUAGUGAUUUGGAGAAUUCAAGAGAUGAUUUACUGUAUGAGCUACACAGACUACCUAAUCAGUCAUCUCAUGAUAAAAUUAUGCUUAAAGCAUAUUUUGAGGAUGUUGAGAUGGUUUCCAACCUGUUAGAGAAGCAGAUCAAACUCAUUUUAGAGAGAACUUUAAACACUGUACGAAAGGAGCCAACAGUUAUUGUAACAGCUCUUAGAAUAAUUGAAAGGGAAGAGAAAAGAGAUCAGAUGGCACUUCAGCAACAAGACCAAUCAGGGUUUAUGCCACCCGGAAGACCUAAGAACUGGCGUACAAAAGCUUUCGAAGUAUUAGAACGUGUCACCGCACAGCGAGUAGAGGGCACCAGAGUUGAUGAACGCGAGGACAACAAGUUGUGGCUGAUACGAUAUCUGGAAUUAACAAGGCAACUGAUUUUGGAAGACUUGAUGGUGGUUAAGACUCUCUGCGUGCCGUGCUUCCCGCCUCAUUACGACAUCGUCAAUAAAUACGUGAAUAUGUAUCACACUUGCCUGUCUACUAGUUUGCAAGACAUUGUACAGACUGGGUUGGAAGGCAACGAGUAUGUGACUUUGUUAUCAUGGAUUCUGAACACAUAUCCCGGCGCUGAAUUAAUGGGCAACCCUAAGGUUAAUGUGGAUGUAUCCACUCUGCCACCACUACUGAGUGACGAAAUGAUGCAAAAAUUGCAGGAUGAAUAUUUGCAGAAAAUGGAGUCAAACUACAUGGAAUGGAUGGAAAAGACGCUAGAGUCGGAGCGCGCGGAGUGGGGGGGCGAGCGUUCGCCAGAAGUGGAACCGCACACUAACGCCUUCCACACGCACGCACCCGUCAUUAUCUUCCAGAUGAUCGACCAGAACUUGCAGGUGACAGAAACUAUAAGCAAGGAAAUCACAUUCAAGGCCUUGUUGCUGAGUAUUGACCAGGUUACACGUUUUGGGAACAUGUAUAGAGAAGGAGUCAUACAAUUUAAAAACGCUCAUUUCUCGGAUCGGUCGCGAGUGGCGUACUUCACGCACCACAUGAUCACGAUCGUCAACAACUGCGAGCAGAUGGUACGGCUAGCGCAGCAGACACAGACUCGUCGCUGGCCAGCCGCAACCCCCGCCAAGCAUCACCCGCCCGCCGAGAGGAGCUUCGACCGCCUAUUGCAGACUUUCCAGACUUUAAGAGACGAAGCAGCAAGAUUUCUCUUGGAUGAGGCUUUCUUGGAUUUGGAAGAACAUUUUGAUGACUUAUUUACUACGAAAUGGAUGACUUCAACUAUACCAGUCGACACGAUUUGUGUUACACUCGAAGACUAUUUCCAAGACUAUAACCAUUUAAGAGAAAAGAAUUUCGAAUAUGUGAUAAAUGAGGCUCAGAAUCUUGUCUACAAAAAAUAUAUAACUGCAAUGCUGUCGAAGAAAAUAACUUUCAAGACUGUCGAGGAAGCUCAGCAAGCGGCGACAAAAAUUGUGAAGGAGGCUAAUCAAAUAAGAGCGUUCUUCAGGAAAAUUGCGUUGCAUGCUGAAGGUGUCAACGUAGAUUGGCCGUUUGAGGUCAUGGGUGUUUUAGCAGAGGUACUCCGGUGUCAAGACAUCGAGAUGCUUUCGUUGGAUCUCCACGGCUUGCUGGAGAAGUGCCCUGAUGUAUCUGAGGAACAAUUAGUGCGAUUGUUGGCUCUGCGUGGGGACGUGCCCCGCGCGCACGUGCGUGACACCGUAGCGCACGUGCGUGCCUCGAGACAACCUUCCCGUGCGCCCCCACAUCCCGGCGCGCCGCAAUUAUUCAAAACCAUCACCUUUAAUGACAGACUUCUAUCACAUUUCACCCUUUAGUUUGCGCGAAAUACACCACAGUCAUAAUAUCAAAAUAAUUAUCAAAGCUCUACAGCCCCGGGUGGGCCUUGGCUUGGUCAAGCAAAUUUUUCUACUGUAUGUGCAUGAAACAUCUUAGCUUAUAUAACAAUAGCCUAUAACGGGCUACUGCAGAUUAAUGAGAGUUUUCAUUUUAAUUAAGACAUCUCACAACAAUAAAAAGACAACUUUAAAGCUUUUUAAUUGGUUAACAGAUAAGCCCUUGUAAAGAAUAAUAUGAUUAUUUUACUUUUCUCCUCUUACAAAAAAUAUUAAAUAUUGCAUCAGUGUUAAGAACUAUAAAAAAUACUUUAAAGAUAAGUCUUGUAAUUUUUAUUUAUUAAGCCUAUAUGCGCAACUCUUUUAUCUUUAAAAAAGUAAAACAAUUUACAAUUAUAAUUAAGAUUUGAUACUUAGAAGGCUUGUUAUUUGGAAGUUCAUACCUAUGAGACGUCCCUUGGGUUAUAUGAUAAUGCAGGGAUUUACCCUUCCAAUAUUUCGGAAUAAUGCAAUCAACAAAUAAUAUUUUUAAUGAAAGUUUUCACUUUAAUUGCAAAAACAAAGUCUAACACUAUGCAUAAAUUUAUAUUACUUACUCAUUUAAUUAAUUAUACCUUUAGGAUACCUAAAUGUUUUUUUUAUUAUUAUUUUAAGUCGCAGAGAAAUGAGCAGUAACUUCGUGAAAAGCCUUCAAUAUUUUUUUGCUUGCAUUGAGUAAAUUUUAUUACUAUGCACAUAUUACUUUAAUAUUUAUUCGUCUAUUAAUUAUCGUUAUACUUAUAAUAAGAACAAUUUGUUAACGGUUAACAUAAUAAUCCCCAAAAGUACCUAUUAUCUCUGUAACUGAAUUGUACAUAAUCCAAAAAUAUAUCGAAAUAAAUCGGUACUUUUGUUAAACACG